AUGGACUUCGAAGUGAUCGCUUGUGUGUGGCUUCUAUACCGUCGCUAUAAAAGACGACGGCAGAGGCAAAGAGAAUAUUGGGUGCACCCAAUAUUACGAGAUAGACUGACGCAUGGAAUGUUUGUAACAUUGUAUCCAAAAUUAAGGCAAUAUGAACCUAAGUUUUUUAAUUAUUUUAGAAUGUCCACAAAAUCAUUUGAUGACUUACUCCAUGUUAUUAAAGUAGAUAUUACUGGUGAUUCAACGAUUUUGAGAGAUUCGAUUUCCGCAGAAGAAAAACUCGUGAUAACGUUAAGAUACUUGGCCACAGGCUGCUCUUUCGCUGAUUUGCAUUACGGAUACCGUUUUGGAAAAUCGACAAUUAUUAUUAUUAAUUAUUAUUAA